AUGAGCGACGUCUUCGAGGGCUACGCGGGGCAGUACUGCGAGAUCUCCGCCGCCCUCUCCCGCAAGUGCGCCGCCGCCUCCGCCCUCGACGGCGAGAAGAAGAAGCAGAAGCUGUCCGAGAUCCAGGCCGACGUGCAGGAGUCUGAAUCGCUGAUCAGGAGGAUGGAUUUGGAGGCGCGGAGCAUGCAGCCGAGCGUCAAGGCCGGGCUGCUGGCUAAACUGAGGGAGUACAAGUCUGAUCUCAACAGCGUCAAGGACGAGAUCAAGAGGCUCUCCGCGCCUAAUGCCCAGCAGGCCACCCGGGAGGAGCUCCUCGAGUCCGGCAUGUCCGACACACUCGCGGCAUCAUCUGAUCAGAGAGGAAGAUUGAUGAUGACAUCAGAAAGGUUAAACCAGUCUUCAGACAGAAUUAGAGAAAGCCAAAGAACAGUAUUUGAGACAGAAGAAAUUGGCGUGUCAAUUCUUCAGGACCUUCAUAAUCAACGACAGUCACUGCUGCAUGCUCACACAACAUUGCAUGGUGUGGACGACUACAUCGGCAAAAGCAAGAAGAUCCUGGCUUCCAUGUCCAAGAGGAUGGACAGGAACAAGUGGAUCGUCGGCGGCAUCAUUGCGACCCUCGUCUUCGCCAUCCUCUUCAUAUUGUACUUCAAGUUUGCUUAA